AUAACCAUUCUUAUUUCUUAUCAAAUUAUCAAAGAAACAAAUUUCUUAUCAAAGAAAUAAAUACUUCUUUUCCAUCAGACAAACUUUGUCCAGUGCGUUUGUUGCAAAAUGGCAGCUAGUUCAUCCGUCGACAAAGUGACCAUUGAUCGUGCAAAGAUUUUAGGAAAGGGAAAUUUUGGCAUCGUUUUCGAAGGUGCUUGGUGUUAUCUUAAAGUGGCCGUCAAACGAAUUCCUCUAGAAAACGCCGCGAGCAGUAAACGAGAAGAAAGUGCUUUACAAAAAUUCAAUCACGAAAACGUCAUCAAACUAUUUCAUGUGGAGGAAAAUGAUGACUUUAAAAUUUUCGUCCUUGAAUUUUGUGAUGCCUCUCUGGAAAAAUUGUUUCUCAAAGAAAAUGACCCGAAAAAAUACCGCGGUCCAAUGCCGCCAGAAACGGAAGUUCUCCUCCAGUUGGCUAAAGGACUAGAGUACAUUCAUCAAAAGGAAUUAGUCCAUCGCGACAUCAAGCCACAGAACGUUCUCAUUUGGGUGAAUCCAAACUCAAACCAGGUUUUGAUGAAAUGGGCUGAUUUCGGUUUCAGUAAACGUGUCAACGAAAGGGGAACUUACACAAUGAGUGCAGUGAAGGGAACAUACGAUUAUUUCGCACCGGAAAUAUUGAAACACCUGGACGAGGCCAGUUCUACUGGAAACGAAGUUCAGAAAAGAGGGACCGUCAAGAGCGAUGUAUUUGCAGAAGGCCUCGUCUUUGGCUACUUCAUUGUGGAAGUGAUAAUCUGGUGGAAAUGGUUAGUCUCCUGAUCCAGCACGGAGCCAACGUCAAUGCACUGGACAGUAUAGGUAAAAAUGCUCUUCUUUUGUGGUGCGGAUAUCGUGAACAUCAUGAAAACAAAAGUUUUUUGGCAAUCAUCAAUCUCUUCGUUAAAAAUGGGAUCAAUAUCAAUUGCAAAACUGAAUACGGAUAUAAUGCUCUAAUUAAAUUGUGCAAAUAUUAUAAAAAGGAAAAUUUAAUUGACAUUAUUCAAUUUUUAAUUGAAAAUGGGAUCGAUGUCAAUUGCAAAGACAAAGACGGAAGGAAUGCUCUCAUUUUUUUGUGCGUAAAUUAUAAAAACCAAAUUCUAAUUGACAUUAUUCGACUUUUAAUUGAAAAUGGGAUCGAUGUCAAUUGCAAAAACGAAUACGGAAAUAAUGCUCUCACUUUAUUGUGCGCAUAUUAUCAAAACGAAAAUUUAAUUGACAUUAUUCAAUUUUUAAUUGAAAAUGGGAUCGAUGUCAAUUGCAAAGACAAAGACGGAAAUAAUGCUCUCACUUUAUUGUGCGCAUAUUAUCAAAACGAAAAUUUAAUUGACAUUAUUCGACUUUUGAUUGAAAAUGGGAUCGAUAUCAAUUGCACAACCAAUAACGGACAUAAUACUCUCACUGAAUUGUGCGAAUAUUACGGAAACAAAAAUUUCAUUGACGUAAUCAAAUUUUUAAUUAAAAGUGGAUUGAAUGUGACGGAAGAAACGUGGGCCUUUUUCAAGAAGAAUUAUUACAAAAAAAAUCGCGAUGAAGUCUUGCAAAUAUUUCAUGAAAUCUUACAACAACAUCCAGUUGAACCAGCGACUAAACGAAUGAAGUUCGAAUAACGUUGACUUAACUUUUAGACACUUUGCAAUAUAAUAAGUCAGUUUGUCAUUCAUUUUGUCUUAACUUGUGUAUGUUCCCCCCUUAGAAGUUGGAACGUAGUUAUCAAAAAGAUUUAAUAAAUUACUAAUCAAUA